UUGGGAGGUGGUUCAGCUUGGGCAAAAGCUCUAGGAAACGUGUGGCCAUGGGGAAAAGGAAAGGUAGCAAAAGGUCGGAGAUCAUUAGUACUUUGAGCAAGAAACAGAAAAAGCACCUGAGGGACUUUGGGGAGGAACAUCCCUUUCACGAUAAGGUGUCUGACAAAGUCGAACCAACUCAGAUUGUUGAACUGUCUGAUAGCUCAGAACAGUCUGAUUCAGAAAGUGAUUCAGAAUCUGGCCUGGAACAAGUAACUGCCUACCAAAACCUAUGUUCCACCUUAAAAAAUACUGCUUCAGAUGAAAGUGACAGUGAAAGUGAACUUGAAGGAAAGACCGAGGAUGAUGACAAUGAGAGGGAAGACUUGGAAGAGGACAUAGAUGAAGAUGUUGCUAGUGGAGUUGAAGAUGAAGAUGGCCAAGGAGAGGGAGGUGCAUUGAGUGAUGCUGAAAACAAAGACAGUACUGCAGAAAAAGAGCUUGAAAAUGAUGCAGUGAUACAGGAUAGAAAAAACACUGAUGACCUGGAAGCUGAUUUCACUGACGUAAAGAAUGAAUCCAAAUUCUGUCUUGAAAGUAACUACAAUGGAGAUGAAAAUGAAAAUGCGAAUGAAAGUGAGGUUUCUUACACAAACAGUUCAGAAGAUCCCUUUAAGCAGCAUGUGGACAGAGAAAUAGACAGCAAUGAUGUGAAAACCAUAACCCAGACUAAAAGUACAAUGCAGUGUAAGUGGACUACUCUUGGACGCCUCGUAUGGUCCAGUCCUCUGUUAAAGGAGACUUCAAUCAAAGACUUAUCAUGUGAAUCUUUGGAAAAUCUUUAUCUUCAAAAACCUCUUGAAGCAACGUGGCCUAAAUUAAACAGUCGGACCCUUGCAAAAGUCAAUCAGCAAGAAUUCUUCACACCAUUACAACAAGGACUAUUCUCUGUAAUGAAUGCUUACAAAGACUUGUAUUAUCCAGAAAGGACAGCUACUCAAAAUGGAGAAGAAGUUCGCCGCACCUAUUGUUUACAUGUGAUAAAUCAUGUAUUGAAAGCAAAUUCACAAGUGCUAAAUAACAACACAAAGAAAAGAGACAGGAAAGCAGAUGUUGAUGAUGAUGAUUUGAGGGAUCAGGGACUUACAAGACCUAAGGUUCUUAUUGUGGUGCCAUUUAGAGAUUCUGCUUUAAGAGUGAUACAGACUUUGAUUAGUCUUCUUGAUGCAAAAGAUAAACUGGAAAUAAGCAAUAAAAAGAGAUUUAAGGAUGAAUAUGGUUCUGAUCCAAAUGACAAACCACCAAAUCUAAAACGACCUGAAGAUUAUGAAGCUGUCUUUUCAGGCAAUAUUGAUGAUCAUUUCCGAAUAGGGGUGGCCAUCCUUCGUAGGAGUAUAAGAUUGUAUGCACCAUUUUAUUCUAGCGACAUCAUCAUUGCUUCUCCACUGGGCAUGCGAACAAUUGUCAAAACUGAAGGCGACAAGACGGGGGACUUUGAUUUCCUUUCCUCCAUUGAAAUCUUAAUUAUUGACCAAGCUGAUAUUUAUCUUAUGCAAAACUGGGAACAUGUUGUGGUGAGAAGUUCCAUUCAACAUUCCUGUUCAUUCCUGUUCGGAGGAUUGUCUGAAAAAAAAAUUUCACAGUAUAAUUUAUCCCAAUUCCUGCUGAAAAAUCUCAACCAACAACCUCGUGAACCACAUGGAGUAGAUUUCUCUCGUGUGCGUAUGUGGAGUCUGAAUAGUUGGUCCAAGUAUUACAGACAAACUUUGAUCUUCAGCGCGCUUCAGAAUCCACAGAUUAAUUCUAUUUAUAGUAAACACUGCUUCAAUUAUAAAGGACAGGUGGCUGUGAGGAACAUGCCUCAAGCUGGUUCCAUUUGCCAUGUUGUUGUGCAGUUGCCACAUGUAUUUCAGCGAGUGGAUGCCUCCAGUUUCACAAGUUUACCUGAUGCAAGGUUUGAAUUUUUCACCAAUAAGAUUUUACCUCAAUAUAGAGAAGCUGUUAUGUCCCACACAUUAAUUUACAUACCAGUCUACUUUGAUUACGUGCGGCUCAGGAAUUACUUCAAUCGUGAAGAAUUGAGCUUUUCACAUAUUUGUGAAUACAGCAAAAAAUCCACUGUUAACCGAGCAAGACAUUACUUCCUUCAGGGAGAAAAAUCUUUCCUCCUAUUCACGGAACGGUUCCAUUUUUAUAAACGGUACACCAUCAAAGGCAUCAGGCAUCUUAUUUUCUAUGAACUUCCUACAUAUCCACAUUUCUACAGUGAUAUCUGCAACAUGCUGAAAGCAGAAAAUAGGGGUGAUGAAGCAUCUUGGACUUGCACUGUUCUGUAUUCCAAGUAUGAUGCUCAAAAGCUGACUUGUGUGGUGGGAGCAGAACGGGCUGCCCAGAUGAUACAGUCCAAUAAAUCUGUCCAUUUGUUUGUGACAGGAGACGACAUGUAGGAUAAACUUGACUGAUAAAAAUUUAACAGUUCGUCAUGGCUAAAGUCAAAGUUAUGUCAAAUUUAAUAUUAUAAAAAAAUUAUUAGCCUGUCAUUCUAUUGCUGAUUAUUUAUAAAUCUUUCUUUUAAUAUCAGGAAUACACAUAUUAUUGUAUCUUCCAAUUUGUAAAUAAUAUUUUAAUGUUAAGUACAAAGCAUAGUGCUUUUGCUGGAUUCCUAAGGUUAGGCAAGCAAAAACAAACAAGCAGAAAAAAACUGAAAUAAACUGCAGUUACUGUUUUAUAGUUUUCUACUGUGCUUUUCUUUUGCAAAUAUACAGUUUCAUUCUCAUUUUCACUGGCUAUGAAGAAGUCUGGAUUUCUUGAGUUGUGAAAGCUGCAGUAUAAAUAAAUAUCAGACUUUUCUUAAUUGUA